AUGCCAAAAGGUAAAGCCAAGAGUGAUAACCCACGACUGUACCACGGGUCCCCAGAGUCAUAUCUGUCUCGCCAAGGCACAUCACAUAGGCGCGGUGGUACGCACAAAGUACGCGAUGAGAACAAGACGGACUCUGUCUACGACAACUUGAACUACAAAGAGCUUGUAGAAACAGCAAGAGAGCGCAGUAUCUAUCGCAAAGAUAUGAAGAAGGUAGAGAUGGCUUGGGCCCUGAAGCGCGACGACGAGAAUCGAAAGCGUGCUGAACAAGACGCCCGUCUAGCACGUCAAAAGAAGAUAGAGGAGGCGAAGAAGCAAGAGGAAAGGAAGGCUGCCGAGAAGAAGGCACAACUCAUUGCAAAGUCCAAGAAACGGAGGGAGAAAGAGAUGAGAAGAGAACGCGAUGAGAGCGUCAGUGACGAUACUGUGAGCGAUGCCGACAUGGAAGAAGACGAAGACGAAGGAGAUGAGUACAAGCGCGAGAGGUUUGGCCAGGCGCUCAGUGAGGAGUCGUGGGAUAGCAGUUCUACGGAGUCUAGUGCUGCAUCGACCAACCAGAUCAUGAAGCCUGACUGCAGGCUUCGCCUCUUCGAAUGGCCCAACCAAACCAUGCCAUCAGUCACACCCGAAGGAUGGGAUUACAAAAGGUGGUGUCUCCUGCCUUUGCCCUGCCCAGUCCCUUAUGCACCUCUAAAGAUUACAACGAUGUAUAGUAAGCAGAAGCUCAUGCUGCCUGGUGCAAAGUACCCGUCAGGUGUCGACCCAGACUUCGUCCCCAUUCUCAACCCCUUGACCCGAGCCGCAGCUCGCAACGGGCAUCUCAUCGGCCCACUCUGCAAAGCCAGCAUCGAAAGAGGUACAGAUUGGGCCCAGCGCACUCUUAUCCAAGGCUGCAAUGGCCACAUGUACUUCCACCUCGGCUCUCGAAACGAGACGAAAGUCCUAGCCGACACCUACAACAAAUGGUAUCUCGAGAACAGAAAGUUGCUGCGUGUCAAAGGGAAGGGCAAUGGCGAUCCUAGUGAUCGGGCUGCACGCCAUGCUCAACGGCAGAGAAAUCAGGCUAAGAUGACGGCGGAGGUGUAUGAGGUGUCGCAGUAUCGGCCGUUGGCCAUGUGUUUUGUGCCGGCUUAUUUGGACUAUGGCGAGCCGGUCCGAGAUGAGAUGGGCAAGAAGAGAUUGGAGAACUUGUUCUUUGUUAGGUUUGCGGGGUGUGAUGUACCGCAUUAUUACUUUUGGGCGAGGGAGGGGGAGUGGGAUGAUCAUACUAUGGUGAAUCCGGGGGGUACUGUGCACACGAAAGAGAAUGAAGAUGGGAAACGGGAGGAGAGACGUCGCAAGCCAACCCGAACGCAGUACAUACGCGUCCGCAAACUCUCUCCCGCCCUGCCUUCCUGUCCUCUUUUCCUAACCCCAUUGAAUAUUACUGAGACCAUGGCCCUGAUUGAGCACCAACUCUACUCCGAAGGCCUCUCCAAAACCCUCGCCCACUAUCGCCAAAGGUGGGUAGCGAAUGGAAAGCAACGUGCCUGGAAACCCUUCGCGGCGGCAUUACCAAAGCUGUGGCCCAGUGGCGAGAUACCAGACGUCCCACCAGUGACCAGUAAACCUGGAGUGAAGCUUUCGGUGAAGCUAGUUACUAUCGAUUGCCUGAAAGAAUAUGGUGAAACGCCGUUUAGUCCGCUGAGUGGUAUUGAGGCGUGGACGAGGGAUGAUGAUAGGGUUUGGGAUGUUGACGGCAGCGAGGCCGAAAAUGAGGCGUUGUAUCGCCGUGAUAGCGUGAUGUCCGUCCUGGAUUUCACGAUGUCAAAUCCAGUGCUGGCAUGGUUGAAACAAGUCAACGAUGUUUCUGCAGUGUCGCCCAUGCUGAACGAAUCACUUGAUGGGGAGGUGGAACUAUGCGAGCGGGAAGAAAGGUACCUGCAGGCCGGCAACAACGCGGGCGGUGGUGAUGUAGGUGGUGACUAG